UACAACCAUUAUUCACGCACUCUUCAUGUCUUCUAGCGACUAUUUGAUUAGUUAACUUGUUGCUAUCACAUGUUAGCUCUGAAUAUCCUGUUUAUCUAGUAAGCAUUCUGCUUUGGUUACUUAUUUCCCUACUAUUGCUUACAUUGUUCCUUAGGAAGUACACUGUAUUAGCACUAUCAGCCCAAGCGUGACCUUCGUACUGUGCCCGCUGUCACAUAGACCAGCUUCAUGUUACAACUCAGUACCUGAAUCAAGGUAAAAGACCUCCCUUCAUGUUACAAUUUAAUAGUUCAGUCAAAGUAAAAGGCCUCCACAUUGUGGUACAAGCUUGAGGCUGGAAAAUUCAGAUGGUCUGUGGAAUUGUGCAUUUCUUCUCUCUCAUAAAUAUUUCUGUGCAUUCCAGCAGAUGUUCAUUAGAAGUUGCUUCAUUUACUUUGCUCUAGGAAAUUUUAUCUGUAAAUUGCUUGUGUCUCCUUUGCAUUGUGUCUUAAAUUAUUUCCUGCUCUUCUGUUUCUGAAAGAAGGGGGUAACUGAUCUGUUUUCAAAUGAUGAGAUGAUGAUCCUGCUUAGCCUAUUAGGAAAACAAAGAGUUACAGUGAUAGUAACUUUUCCUCCCCACCUUCUUUGAUUGCAGAUGAGCUGGCUCCAGCUUCAAGCAGUAUAGCAAAAAUGAAAUGAGAGAAGCCUUGUGUGCGUGGCAGGGAGAGCGGUAUGUUAGUCUGGGUUAUAUUUAAGGAAUGAGGUUAAUUUAGGACUUCCUUAUUAGGUUUGUUAAAAGGCAUUUGUCAAGGCAUCGUGAUGCAGGCUUUGCCUUCCAACCGGGUUUCUGUCUACAGCAUAUCGGCUCCAUAUGACUCUGAGCAGACUGCAGGGCAGGAAAGUCUGCAUAUUCGCAACUGUCCAUCCAACCAAGAAGGUUUCUCUCAGAAGUAUUAUUUCUUCAAAUGGAUGAGGAGAAGAUGGCUUCUAGGAAUACUACCCACAGUUUGUCUAAUAGUUACAGUAAUCAUGCUAGUCCUGCACUACUUAUUCUCUCCUACUUUCUCCUUUCUUUAUAUCAGUGGAAGCAUAGAAAUUUCUAAUUUGACUUAUACAAAUGACCUCAAUGAUCCAAAGUCACAGAAAUUCCUCCUGCAAGCAGAAGCAAUCCAAAAUUAUUUUGCAAAAUCCUAUGAGUCUUCCUCCUGGGGAGAGUACUACUUGAAAUCUAUCGUGGUGACUUUCAGUGAAGGAGAGUCUGGACUUCGAGCUUACUACUGGAAUACAUUCUGGGCACCACAAGAUAUAGUUGCUUCUCUUAAAAAACUCACUCCAGUUGAGCAAAAAGAAAUCUGUAGUAAGCAAGCAGCUCGCAUGUUUAGUUCUUCUGGGGAGGAAGAUUUGGAUCUUGCGGCAAUGGAGCUAUUUGUUUCAGAUUCUGCAGAACAUGAUGUGAUGCUAAAAUCAGCAGUAUCCUUUGACCUGUAUGCCAAGCCAGGUAACAACAGGACUCUAACUCUGAUGAAUCCCAAAAAGUCUUUUUAUCAAUGGAGGCUGCGAGUUCCUUCUAAUUAUGUGGUGAGACUGGUAGUCAUCACUUUGCAUGGUGUCACUCCAGAGAGCUGUGCAACACACCACUUAUCAGCAUAUGAUUUCCUCCUUCCUCUGCAGAACAAGAUCAUUACAAGAUGGUGUGAACCUGGGGCCUGGACUCCUGUUAUACGUUUGACAUCGUCAGGUAAUGUAAUGUUGGUUACCUUCACACUGGACCAAAGAGAAGAAAGAAACAUAUUAAAAGCUCAUUUUCAAGCUGUUCCUAAAAUCAUGUGUGGUGGUCAUUAUAUUUCCUGGAAUGGGACACUGAGUUCCCCUUAUUACCCAAGUUACUACCCACCAAACAUUGACUGCAGCUGGAUCAUCAGAGCACCGUUGCCUGGCUACAGGCUCUCAUUGAAAAUCCUCAUAAUACAAAUUCAAGAGAAAUCUCCAGGGUCCAGUAAAUGUGAUAAAGAUUGGUUAGAAAUCGAUGGGGUUAAAUACUGUAAAGCUCUUUCAGAAAACAACAGAAACAUAGAAUAUGGUUAUUCUGUUGCAAUCAACUUCCAUUCUGAUGAAGUGGUCACCCACAAAGGCUUUUAUAUUGAGUACGAAGCCUUCAGUCACACAGACCGUUGUAGUCCAGAACAGUUGAACUGUGGUGAUAAGAAGUGUAAGAGUCAGUAUAAGACUUGUAAAGAUGAUGACAGCUGUGGGGUGGAAAGUGAUGAAAGCAACUGCUCCUACAAAAGUUGUUCCCCUUAUGCAUACAAAUGCAUCAAUGGAAAAUGUUUGCUGAAAUCAAAUCCUGAGUGUGAUGGGAAAAGAGACUGUGCAGAUGGAUCUGAUGAAAUGAGCUGUGCUUGUGGAAGACGCCAGCUUAAGAAAAACAGAAUUGUUGGAGGUGAAGAUGCAAGAUCUGGAAAGUGGCCUUGGCAAGCAAGUUUACAGAUGGGAGCCCAUGGCCAUAUAUGUGGUGCAACUGUUAUUUCCAAUAAGUGGCUCAUAUCUGCUGCUCAUUGCUUCCUGGAUUCCGAAUCUGUGAGAUACUCCAGUCCUUCAGGAUGGAGAGCAUAUAUGGGCUUACGUGCUAUCAAUGAAAAGAACAAUCAUGUAGCUAUGAGGUCAAUCAAAAGGAUUAUUGUCCACCCACGGUAUGACCCAUCUAUCUCAGACUAUGAUAUCGCCCUAUUGGAAAUGGAUUCACCUGUAUUCUUCAGUGAGCUGGUACAGCCCAUUUGUUUACCCAGCACCUCUAGAAUAUUUAUGUAUGGAACUGUCUGCUAUGUAACUGGCUGGGGAGCCAUAAAAGAAAAUAGUCCACUUGCCAAAACACUGCAGGAAGCUCGAGUGAAAAUAAUUAACCAAAGUGUUUGCAACAAGCUGUAUGAUGAUCUCAUCACGUCACGUAUGCUGUGUGCUGGGAAUCUUAAUGGUGGUGUUGAUGCAUGUCAGGGAGAUUCUGGAGGUCCCUUGGCCUGCACAGGAAAGGGAAAUAGAUGGUACCUUGCUGGCAUUGUGAGCUGGGGUGAAGGAUGUGCUCGGCGCAAUCGUCCUGGUGUUUAUACUAAGGUGAUGGUACUUUAUGACUGGAUUCGUCAGAAUACAAACUGAUGUGCCAAGGAGAAAAUGCAGUUCGUCUCUCUUAUAAAAGCUGAUUACUACGGUAGCCUAUCAUGUCCAUCUCUGAUGUUAUAACAUGAAAACACUCUUGACUGUUUGUUUGCGGAAGAAUGCACGUUCUUAAUGAAGAAACUAUCAUUUGUUGUUUAUCUAGCAGUAACUGUUCAGAUUCAGAGCAACUUCAGAUUCCUUAUGGAUUCAUCUUCCUUAUCCCUAGAAGCAGAAAUAACAUUGACUUAAAAUAAAAUUAACUAGAACCUGUAACAAAAAUCCAUCCAAAUCUGUCUUUUGCAAACGUUCUUUUCUCCUUUCAUCUCCCUGGCUACCUAUAUGUGUUUCUACAUACACACGUAUAGAUAUUCAUGGGCACAUCCUGCAUAUACUCAACUCACAUAUAUUAUCUUAGUCAUGUUACAGGCUUUUAAACAAAUAAUUAUUCCAUGUUUCUUGAAGAUGCAAAUACUAGAAUCAGUAUAGUGUAGGUAGCUGAGAAUAAUUCAUUCUUAAUUAUGCUGUCACUGCCUGACUGUUCCUUUCUGGGCUGCAACUUUUGAGCUUUCUCCUGUGUUUUCCUAAAAACAUCAUAUAUAUGUAGCUCACAAACAUUAGGAUGCAAGAAAUUUUCAUUAAAGAUCUGGAAGAGCAUAAUUUCAGUUCUUUGGGAAGGUGUUUAAAUAAUACAAAAGAAAUACUCUAUUUUAAUUAAUUAAACAAAAGGAGACAAUUUGAACAUAGCUGUAGGGUCUGAUUUUCUCAAUAUGUUACAAGUGUAUUUUCCUAUCUCUGGUGUAUUUUGUGCAUUUUUGCAAGGUCUUAGUGGGUUCACACUACUUUUCUGGAUGUCCUCGGUCCUUUAAUAAACACGUGCUAAAAAUGCAAGUGGCUAUGCUUUAUUUGUUCAAUUGUGUCUCUAAAACUCUAAUCCCCAGUUGCAAUCAAAACUACAUUUGUACGUUGGA